CCCUAAUCUCUGCGUCCGAACCCUCAUCCGCCGCCAUCGCACCCUCCUCUCCUCUCCUCUCCUCUCGUCGCCGCCCCCGCCGCUGCUACGGACAUGGCCUCUGCCGUCUCCUCCUUUCUAUCCUUGUCUUCCUCGUCCGAUCGUCUCGAUCGUCUCCCGUUCCGCAAUAGGAACCAUAACAACAGAGGAAUCGGGAAGCUAAGCUCCGCCUUCCCCCACCUCUGGAACCCUACCGAUUCCCUCCUCCUUCGCCACCGUCGCCCGGCCCGGAUCUGCUGCUCUUCCACUGCCGCGUCGUCUAGCGGCAGCAACCAUCAGCAGCUGAAGACCAGGCGGCCGGCGGAGGAGAAUAUCCGCGAGGAGGCGUGCCGGCGUGACGAGGCGACCGGGUCGUGCGGAUUCUCGGCGUGCUACGUGCCCUUCAAUGCUCCCGCUGACACCGCCGAGACAUACUCGCUGGAUGACGUGGUGUACCGUGGCCGGUCCGGCGGCCUCCUCGACGUCCGCCACGACAUGACGGCUCUGAAGCGCUUCCCGGGCUCCUAUUGGCGCGACCUGUUUGAUUCCCGCGUCGGCCGCACUACCUGGCCUUACGGCUCCGGCGUCUGGUCCAAGAAGGAGUUCGUGCUCCCGGAGAUUGACCCAGACCACAUUGUCUCCCUCUUCGAGGGCAACUCCAACCUCUUCUGGGCGGAGCGCCUUGGCCGCGAUCACCUUGGUGGCAUGCCCGACCUUUGGGUCAAGCACUGCGGCAUCUCGCAUACCGGCUCUUUCAAGGACCUGGGCAUGACCGUCCUCGUCAGCCAGGUCAACCGCCUCCGCCGCAACCCCCUCAACCGCCCGAUCGCCGGCGUCGGCUGCGCCUCCACGGGGGACACCUCUGCCGCCCUAUCCGCCUACUGCGCAGCCGCCGGUAUCCCCGCCAUCGUGUUCCUCCCCGCCGACCGCAUCUCCCUUGCCCAGCUCGUCCAGCCCAUCGCCAACGGUGCCACCGUACUCUCCAUCGACACUGACUUCGACGGCUGCAUGCGCCUCAUCCGCGAGGUCACCGCCGAGCUUCCCAUCUACCUCGCCAAUUCCCUCAACUCCCUCCGCCUCGAGGGCCAGAAGACCGCUGCCAUCGAGAUCCUUCAGCAGUUCGACUGGGAGGUGCCCGACUGGGUCAUCGUUCCCGGCGGCAACCUCGGCAACAUCUACGCCUUCUACAAGGGGUUUGAGAUGUGCCGUGAGCUCGAGCUUGUUGACCGCAUGCCACGCCUCGUAUGUGCGCAGGCUGCCAAUGCCAACCCUCUCUACCUGCAUUACAAGUCAGGUUGGGCUGACUUCAAGCCGGUGAUUGCUGCAGACACGUUCGCCUCUGCUAUUCAAAUUGGUGACCCCGUCUCAAUCGACCGUGCCGUUUUUGCAUUAAAGGCAACCGAUGGAAUCGUCGAGGAGGCCACCGAGGAGGAGCUGAUGGACGCCAUGUCUCUUGCUGACCGGACAGGCAUGUUUGCCUGCCCACACACAGGGGUUGCACUCGCUGCAUUAUUCAAGCUGAGGGAAAGGGGGGUGAUUGGCACCAAUGACCGGACCAUAGUGGUCAGCACCGCUCAUGGGCUCAAGUUCACGCAGUCCAAGGUCACCUACCAUUCAAAUGAAAUAGCUAAUAUGGAUUGCCGGUAUUCAAACCCACCUGUAAGUGUGAAGGCUAGUUUUGGGGCGGUGAUGGAUGUCUUGAAGAAAAAGCUUGAUGGUAAGCUUGGGCUGUGAAUGAUAUAAAGAUUGCAUCGGAUCUGGAAUGUGGAUUUCCUUUGUCAGCCUCUGGUCACACGAUGAUGAAUCAGAUUGCAUGUAGGUCUCAGCGAAGAUGAGCUACUUUUGGUUGUGGCCUAUUGUCACCCAAGUUGUACGGAAUUUGAGUAUGGUGCUGGUUUUCUAGACUCUGGUCCAAUUUAGGUUUAAACUUUAGAGGCAUUUAUCUCUCUGGAAGAGAGUCCUUGUUAGAAGAACAAUUCUUGUAGAUGAUAAAGAAAAGGAUUUUCCCUGGUUGCUGUCAUCUGAUGAAGUUGAACUGAGAUUGCCUUGGAUAUACUUCAGUUACAAUAUGCCCCAUUUGAUGCUAGACUUCCUUGCUAAUGGUAAUCUGAUAUUUGGCUUGUUAUUAGAAGUUAAUAUAUUGUUUGUGCUGUCAACCUUCGACAUCUGUGAUGUGUCAGGUGCAUUGGUAAGGCAUGUAGAGGGACUUGAUGCUCGUAAAACUUCUUAGCGAGCCUCGAGUUAUUAUUCGGUCAUCUUCUUCUCUUUAUCUGACGUAUGAGUUGUACCUUUACAGCAAAAAUCAAAAUGUAAUUGCUGAUCAUCAGGAUCUGAGCAAGGCUGCUGUUUAGUUUAUGGGCAAAAGCUCUUGUGGAUUCUUCCUCGGCUGAAGCUUUAAGAUAACCGAAUCUCGUGUCCGAGUAGUUCCGGCACAGUUGUUACCCUAGGAUAAAAAAUAUUGCCAACUGGAAUCCCGAUUGCAAUUGUAUGCAUUGUGGAUUGCUAGGUGCUGAAUUUUUUGUUAGAGUGCUGGAUGAUUCUUGAUUCCUGAUGGCAACCAGUCAAGCAAACAAGCGAAGUCGAUGGUAGCCAAGCCUCUCGGAAUCUCGCCUGUGGAGAAAUAAGCUGAACAUACAAAGUUUGUCGAUGCCAAUCCGUACUUAGUGCCCAGUUUCAUGCUCCACAGUUCUGUCCAAUUUUACUUGAAUGGUGCUGGAUUUCUGAAACCUACAUUAGUUUCUACUUAUUUGAAAUUUAUCUUAUCUGGAAGGAGAUGUCAUGCAUUGAAUUGAUAACUGCAUUAUGAUUGCAACCUUAUUCAUUCUUUA